AUGUUAAUUUCGUCCCGGUUUCUUUGUCUACUCUUCUGCGCGAUCCUCGUCGUUUUCCUUCUCUGGAGGCUGCCGAUCAGCAGUUCUCGGGCAUUUUGUCGCAGUGACUCGCCCUUGCCGGUCCAGUCUCUGAGACAUAUUGACUGGUCACGGUUUGCCUACGUGCAAUAUGCCACCAACACCGCCUAUCUGUGCAACUCGGUGAUGAUGUUCGAACGACUUCACCAGUUGCAGAGCCAGCCAGAUCGCGUCUUGAUGUAUCCUUCGCACCUCGAUCCCGAGAGGGACUCCAUUGAAGGUGGCUUGCUGCGCAAGAUGCAGGCGCAGUACCGCGUGCGGCUGGUUUCGAUUGACGUGCAGAGUCGGAGCAGUAGUGAUGUCACAUGGGCAGAGAGCUAUACUAAGUUUCUGGCUUUCAAUCAAACCCAGUACGCGCGUGUGCUGAGUCUAGACUCCGAUGGGACGAUCUUGCAGCCUUGGCUGAAGACCCCGGAUACGGUCCUGGACCAAGAACAACCGGCCUGCACCAACGAUACCCGGACGGGGAGGCCAGAUUGUCGCGCUCGUGAGCUCUGGUUAGGCUUUUAUCGGGACUUUGCCAAGCGUCGACAGAGACUCUGUGGAUUGGAUGUCCACUGA